GCGGGAAAUUCGCACGUGGCGCCUUCCGCGCAGGCGGCGAAGGAUGUUCGCGGGUCGGGCGAGUUCUCUCUUCCUGGACACUUCAGAGAUCUGGUGGCAGGACCAGUCGUCCAUGGCAGGGGAGGAGGCACCCUGGGACACAGCAGAGAUGGCAACUCUGCUGAAGGCUGCAGAUGAAGACUUGGACCCGAGCCACCCAAAAGGGGACAGUGCAGAGGAGCUGGCUGUGCCUGACCCAGAGCUGGAGGCUAUCAAAGCCAGAGUGAGGGAGAUGGAGAAGGAGGAUGAGAGGCUGAAGGAGUUGCAGCUGGAAGCUGAGAGCCACCUCAUCAUGAGCUCAGAGGCAGCUCUCUUCCCAAAGACAACUGAGGAGAAAAUGGAAGUUGACCAGAGAUCCAUCUAUGUGGGCAAUGUGGAUUACGGGGGCACAGCAGAAGAGCUGGAGUCUCACUUCAACAGCUGUGGGCAGAUCAAUCGGGUGACCAUCCUCUGCGACAGGUUCUCAGGACAUCCCAAAGGGUAUGCCUACAUCGAGUUCGAGGAGAAGAGCUCGGUGAAGGCUGCGGUGGAGCUGGACGAAAGCGUGUUCAGAGGCCGUGUCAUUAAGGUGCUCCCCAAGCGGACCAACAUGCCAGGCAUCAGCACCACCGACCGAGGGGGCUACCGGGGUCGUUUCCAUGCCCGGGGAGGGUUGGCUCAGCGAGGAGGCUACUACGGAGGGCAGCAGCACCCAAGGGUGCGAGGGAGGACGUACAGGGGUCGAGCAAGGUUGCUGCCCUGGUAUUUUCCAUACUAGAAAGGACUGGACUGCCCCUGAUGAUGCCAACAGGACUGAAGUAAGGAGACAGAACUGAGAAGAGUUAAAAACAUGCCAAACCAAGCAAAAAAAAGAUGUUUUUUUUUAAAUGCCAUCUGCCUGGCCAUGAGGGUUACUGAUCAGGCAGCUGCGUGCUGGGCUGUGGGAGGGAGGCAUGAAUCCAAUCCACCUGCACAGCAGCUGGAUCCCUGCCAGCAUCCCAGGAGGGGCUCACCUUGGGGGACUGAGCUUCCUUCAAGAACAGCCUCAUUCUAGAGAACAUCCUAUCCUGAGAAGGGAAGAGCUCUCCCAGACCAUCAGUCCUCAUCCCAUAGAAAAGAGCUGUGCUGGGGGGUUUUGUUUGGCUUUGAGGUGUCCAUGUGUCCUCCACCACCCCACCACAAAGGCAGACCUGCCCUGCUGAAGCCUGUGGAGCAACUUCAGCUUUGCCAGCUGUUUCUGCAAGAGCUGUGUGCUGCUUUCUCUUGUGAGAAGACUGUAAAGACCCUUCCAAAGACUUUUCUUCCAAACAAGUUCUUGGGCUGCAGCUCUAGAUAUGCCUGCUGGGGAGCUUCAGCAGCCUUAUGGGUUUCUGACCUUGCUCUUGGGAAGAGGGUGGAACCUAAGGAUGUUUUGAGUCUGGUUUAGCUCACUGCUGUUACCGUACAUCUUGGGGAAAGGGAAAGCAUCUGCUGAUGUUUCUCUGGGAGCCUCUCUGUCUUUGGGUGUCACAAAACUCUUUCCCUUUAUUGCAGAAGCCCAACCCCCCCUUGAAUCCCCUCCUGGUUUUAUUCCAAAGCUACAGGGAUCAGAGAGUGCUGCCAACGUGUUUUAUCUCUAGCAAAUUUGGUCUGAUCUUUCCCUUUCCUCCCAUCACCAUUCCCACUUUGGCUCCUCUGGGGAUGGGGUGAGCCCAGCUGAACUAGAGGGUCAGCAUUAAGGUGCACCUCAAGGGCUGGGUACUGGGAAACAAGUGCUGCCUGGAACUGCCCCUUUCUGCUGUUUGAGCCCUCAAAUUGCUCCUUUUUAAAGGAAGAACUUGAUGAUGAAGAGGGGACAGCUGCAGGCAGCAUCACUGUGUGAAGUUCUGCUCUGAAACCAGUUUUAUUAUGUAAUUCUCACACUAAUCUUUUGGGAUCCUUGGUCAGGAUUCCUCUAACUCAGCUGCAGCAGAUAUGACUGACUCCUAAAGCAGCUUUUCACAGCUCAGGAGGCAUUGCCAGGCUAAACACCUCAAUGAUACCUUUUUUUUGUCUUUUCCCUCCUUAAGAUAUCAAUUUUUUUCAAAGCUUGGGGCCUUAACUCUUCAUCCUGUGUUGCUUUUGCACUUUGCCCAGCGCGCUGCUAAGACAGCCCAGGAACUUGAGCUACCCUUAGGCUUGGAGUACUAAACUGGAUUUUUCUAGGGCAUGAAAUGUUUAAUUUAGUAGCUUUUGGAAGUUCUUGAGACUUCAUUUUCUUUUAACAACACUGACUUUUGGGGGUGGGGGGGGGUGGGGUAGUGUUUGGACUCUCUUGGAAGAGGAGAUGCUGAGCUCGUGUCUCUGGAGAGUGAAGAGCACAGAUUGUUUUAUGUGAAGAUGUUUUUGGAACAGUGUGCAGCUGUGCCUUGUUUGGAGGGCGGGGAGGGGCUGAGGGCUUUCAUCUCCCCCUCGUUUGGCAGCAUGUUGUUGUUUAACUGUAUUUAAACUCUGUUUGAGGAGGUUGUUGUAAAUGUCACUUAUUUUUAAAAUAAAUGAAUCCUGUUGUGCCAACUUCA